AUGAAGAAGUUUUACAAUGUCUACUUUCUCUGUAGCUUCAUCACCCUGGGGGGUGGUCUCUUUGGGUUCGAUAUCAGUAGUAUGAGCGGUGUCCUGGGAACUCAGGCGUAUGUGAACUACUUCCGGGUGGGCAGCGGCCAGUAUAAGCAGGGUGGCAUCACCUGUGCCAUGCCCUUUGGCUCGCUCAUUGGUGCUCUGUGCUCGAGUUUCAUUGCGGAUCGCUACUCUCGUGUCACCGCGAUCCAGUUCUCGACUAUCUUGUGGACUAUCGGCUCCAUCUUCAUGACUGCCUCCAAUGGUAUUGCUCUCCUCGUCGUCGGUCGUGUCAUCGCUGGUCUUUGUGUCGGUAUCGCCUCGGCUAUGGUCCCUGUCUACCAGGCAGAGGUUGCUCCAAAGGAAAUUCGUGGUCGAGUUAUCUCCCUCCAGCAAUGGGCCAUCACCUGGGGUAUCUUGAUUCAGUACUUUAUUCAAUAUGGUGCUAGCAACAUCGACGGAGGUGCCGAUAACCCGACUCAAAGUACUGCUGCCUUCCGCAUUCCCUGGGGUAUCCAGAUGGUGCCUGGCUUUAUCCUCUUCGUCGGCCUGUUCUUCUACCCCAAGUCGCCCCGUUGGCUUGCAAGCAAAGACCGCUGGGACGAAGCUAUGGAGGUACUUGCCAACCUUCACGGAAACGGAGACCGCAACCAUCCCAAGGUUUUGGCUCAAUAUCAGGAAAUCGAGGAGGCUUUGGCUCUGGAGCGUGAGCAGGCGUCUACUAGCUACCAGGAACUGGUCAAGCCUCGCAUUCUCAAGCGUGUGUUCCUUGGUAUGAGUUUGCAGAUGUGGUCUCAGUUGUGCGGUAUGAACGUCAUGAUGUACUACAUUGUGUAUAUCAUGCAGAGUACGGGAACUGGAAGCCCUCUCCUCACCGCUUCCAUCCAGUACAUCCUGAACACUGCUUUGACCCUGCCCGCCAUCGUGUACCUGGACAGAUUCGGUCGUCGUCCUGCCAUCCUGAUCGGUUUUGCGAUGCAGGCUGUCUUCUUGUACAUUGAAGGAGGUCUACAGGCUGGAUUUGGCAAGCCCAACCCUCAUGACGACCCCAAGCUGGAUGCCAUUUCUUGGGUUGUGUCCGACCAUCCCAACGUCGGCAAAGCAAUCAUUGCGCUCUCCUACCUCUUCGUCUGCUCCUUCGCGACAACCAUCGGUCCUACCUCGUGGACCUACCCUGCGGAAAUCUACCCGGCCAAGGUUCGCGCCAAGGCUGUCUCCCUCGCUACCGCGUCGAACUGGAUCUGGAACUGUCUUCUUGCUCUGUUCGUUCCGCCUCUGCUGUGGGCGAUCAACUGGAAGAUGUACAUGAUCUUUGCCGCCUUCAACACCGCAGCCUUCAUCCACAUGUUCCUCAUGGCCCCCGAGACAAAGGGUUACACUCUCGAGGAAAUGGACGAAGUGUUCGACAGCGGCCUUCCCGCCUGGCGCAAGCUCAACAAGCGCAGCAGACUGGAGGAGCUCGAACAGGAGAUUGCCGAGGGCAAGCUCAAGGUCGCUGCUCACGGCGAGAAAGAUGGACCUGUUGCUGCUACUACCGAGACCGUCUAG